CAGAUGGUUUGUGAGUUCCGCACAGGCAAACUGGUCACUCGGGUUACUUAACUAGAGAUAACAUUGAUGCACACACUUCAUCUGCUCCUCCGCAUGUUGAUGCCAUCAUGUCCCUGAUAGUCCUGCUUCUUCUCAGUUUCCUGGAUGGAAUUUGGUGUACUCAGUUCCGUGCACCCCUGAACAUGGGCGGAGUCAUGGGUCAGGUUGAUUUGGACUCCACCACCGGGAUGGCUACAGUCAACAUUUCUGGCGCCGGAUCAUGCGGCCCCUUGAAUUUUUCCCUUACAGAGUUUCCCGUCAUGUACGGCCACUUUGCUGAACCAUGUACUGAGGCAAACAUUGGCGUUAAUAUUUUCACAUUCAGUGCUGAUCCCACUACAACUUCUACAGUCAAUGUUUCAAGUCUUUUUGGAAUGCGCUCCAACUUGGAUGACCUCUCGUUGACUCUGCAGACGUGUAACAACACUCUAGUAUGCACAGUUUUAAGUUCUGGUCAAACAGUCUCAACAAGUCAGGCCAGGUUCAAUGGAGAAAUUGCUGGCGAUGUUUACAUUCGCCGUAAUGUUGGAGGAAACGACGUAAGGAUUCUUACAGAUCUUGUUACAAUCGGUCAAGUCAAUGCCUCCCAGACCAAUAGAACAGUCUACGGCUCGGUCAGUUCAGCUGCAAGCUGCGAUGUUCUCCUUGGCAGUUUAGACUCCACCACAUUGACAGAUCUGGGUGCCAUUAACAUUGGAACACCUUUGCAACUCGGGAAAUCUCGCCUGGACUUGACAAGCUUAAGUAACGACACUGCCUUUCUUCUACUUCGUCCAGGGUCAACGUUCAUAUGUGCAAAAAUCUAUGAUGUUCCAGAAAAACAAGUGAGCGCUCUUGUGGGUAUGAAAGGGAUAAGUGGAUACCUCAGCUUCCGCCAGGCUUCCCCUUUUGAUCGGACAGAGUUCAGAGUCAACCUAACUAACUUGCGAAGCCUGGUUGGUACUUACCACGUGCAUAACUUUCCUGUUCCUACUGGCAGAACAUCUACGUCAAAUCUUUGCUCCAAUGACAAUUUGGGCGGUCACUGGAAUCCAUUUGGUAUAAACGCUAGUUCCCCAACAUCCCCGAAUGUGCCUGGAUCAACACAUGACAUGUACGAAGUGGGUGACCUCAGUGCAAAGCAUAUGUCCCUUGCCGAUCUGAACGUUGUAAAUAUGGCAUUCGAAGACUUCAACCUCCCUCUAUUUGGACGAAACAGCAUUGUUGGCCGGUCCAUUGUGAUUCACCUAAGAGAUGGUGCAAGAUAUGUUUGUGCAAGCAUCGGCUAUCCUGGUGAAGUGGUUGUUGGUAGAGCAAGGUUUCAGAGCCUCGUGGUUGGUGACAUGGUAUUUACCCAGCUGAAGAACAACCCUCUAUCUGAUGUAUCGGUCUUUGUGGUUUUGUCAUACGGAAACACCACAAUGGCCUCAACAAGAAACCACAACUGGCAUAUACACAUGUACCCCAUCAGCUCAGAGAGGGACAAUGAUGAGAUGCGCUGCGGCACAACAGGAGGCCAUUGGAACCCAUUUAACGUUGACACAGAAGACAUCAGUUAUGAACUCCACUGUGGCCCAUAUACCCCGAUAGCCUGUGAAGUGGGAGACUUUGCCAGUAAACACAGCCUCCUCAACCUCAGUGCCACAGUUGGUGGAGUCGAAUCGAAGAGUUUCUUCACUGAUGUCACUUCCUGGUUGCCAAGGUCAGGCAUAAUUGGUCGAUCUGUAGUCAUACAUGAAGCAGAGGGAGGAGGUCCAAGGAUUGCUUGUGCAAAUAUUACAAUGGUGCGUGUCCCCAAAGCAAGCCUAGGAGAGUGGUUUGGCCCUGGCAUGACUACCGGAAAUAUCCAUUUUAACCAGUGGAUCCCAAAUGGCCCCACACGUGUAAACGUGUCCUUGUUCAACCUAAAUGCCAUGGCUGGUGGUUAUCAUGUUCACGUUUUGCCCAUUGAUCCAAACAGCUCCGACCCAUGCUCAAAUGCAAACAUCAUGGGACACUACAACCCACUGUCAGUCAACAUAUCAGAGUCCCCCUCACCGGGAACUGGUACAGUUGACCAGUAUGAAAUAGGUGAUCUCAGUGGAAAAUUUGGCUUGCUGACAGGUCUCAGUCAAUCUGAGGAAGUCUUCAUAGACAGCAACCUACCAUUAACUGGACCUCACAGCAUUGUUGGAAGAUCUGUGGUGAUCCACUACACGAAUGGAUCACGGCUGCAGUGUGUUACGGUUUCUGCUGACAGAAAUACCGAUGGAGAAUGGGUCAAUGCCACGGCUGUUUUUAGUGGCUCUGUGAACGGGACAGUUCAGCUGGUCCAGCAAAUGUUUCCGGAUGGAAGUAGCAGUGAUACCAUCCUGUUGGUGAACCUGCAAUCUUUAGCACGAACCAAUCUCACAGAAGCAACACUGUCCAUAGAUAAUAGCCGUAUCCAAACCAGCAACAGGUGUACUGAUGACCAGGGAACAUUUAAUCCUACCAGCAUGGCAUCACCGAAUCCCAGCUGUUCUCUUGACUACCCUCUCAGUUGCGUAGUUGGCGAGGUAUCUGCAAGACACGGCCCAGUUAGCCUGACCCAGAGACAACUCUACACCGAUAGUAUCAUUGAACUAUCUGGGGAUAACACAGUGGUCUCCAGAUCCCUGGUGCUGAAAGAUGGUGAUGAUGUGCUCGCAUGUGCUGACAUCAACCCAGUAUCUCCCUCAGCAACUCAGACAUUUCCCACAGUGGAAAAUUUCAGCCGAUUCGACUUCCGGAGUAGGGUUGCUAAUGUACUGGGCGUGGUAAUGCCCAGAGUGACCCUCUUGAGCUCUACUCCCACAUCUAUAAAUGGUGGAACAUGCCAGCAAGUCAGCUUUAUGGUAUCAGGGGAUGUCAGUCCAGACCUUCUGAGCUCCGUCAGAGACAGUGAGAUGAUGGGCAUGUUUAGGGAGUCGGACGUCUGCCUACGAAAUGCCGGUAACCGGUUCCUGGCACCGCUGAACAUGGGCGGAGUCAUGGGUCUGGUUGAAUUGGACUCCACAACCGGGAUGGCCACAGUCAACAUUUCUGGCGCUGGAUCAUGCGGUCCCUUGAACUUUUCCCUGACAGAGUUUCCCGUCAUGUACGGCCACUUUGCUGAACCAUGUACCGAGGCAAACAUUGGCACUAAUGUUUUCACAUUCAGUGCUGAUCCCACUACAACUUCUACAGUCAAUGUUUCAAGUCUUUUUGGAAUGCGCUCUAACUUGGAUGACCUCUCGUUGACUCUGCAGACGUGUAACAACACUCUAGUAUGCACAGUUGUAAGUUCUGGUCAAACAGUCUCAACAAGUCAGGCCAGAUUCAAUGGAGAAAUUGCUGGCGAUGUUUACAUUCGCCGUAAUAUUGGAGGGAACGACGUAAGGAUUCUUACAGAUCUUGUUACAAUCGGUCAAGUCAAUGCCUCCCAGACCAAUAGAACAGUCUACAGCUCAGUGAGCUCAGCUUCAAGCUGCGAUGUUCUCCUUGGCAGUUUAGACUCCACCACCUUGACAGAUCUGGGUGCCAUUAACAUUGGAACACCUUUGCAACUCGGGAAAUCUCGCCUGGACUUGACAAGCUUAAGUAACGACACUGCCUUUCUUCUACUUCGUCCAGGGUCAACGUUCAUAUGUGCAAAAAUCUAUGAUGUUCCAGAAAAACAAGUGAGCGCUCUUGUGGAUAUGAAAGGGAUAAGUGGAUACCUCAGCUUCCGCCAGGCUUCCCCUUUUGAUCGGACAGAGUUCAGAGUCAACCUAAUUAACUUGCGAAGCCUGGUUGGUACUUACCACGUGCAUAACUUUCCUGUUCCUACUGGCAGAACAUCUACGUCAAAUCUUUGCUCCAAUGACAAUUUGGGCGGUCACUGGAAUCCAUUUGGUAUAAACGCUAGUUCCCCAACAUCCCCGAAUGUGCCUGGAUCAACACAUGACAUGUACGAAGUGGGUGACCUCAGUGCAAAGCAUAUGUCCCUUGCCGAUCUGAACGUUGUAAAUAUGGCAUUCGAAGACUUCAACCUCCCUCUAUUUGGACGAAACAGCAUUGUUGGCCGGUCCAUUGUGAUUCACCUAAGAGAUGGUGCAAGAUAUGUUUGUGCAAGCAUCGGCUAUCCUGGUGAAGUGGUUGUUGGUAGAGCAAGGUUUCAGAGCCUCGUGGUUGGUGACAUGGUAUUUACCCAGCUGAAGAACAACCCUCUAUCUGAUGUAUCGGUCUUUGUGGUUUUGUCAUACGGAAACACCACAAUGGCCUCAACAAGAAACCACAACUGGCAUAUACACAUGUACCCCAUCAGCUCAGAGAGGGACAAUGAUGAGAUGCGCUGCGGCACAACAGGAGGCCAUUGGAACCCAUUUAACGUUGACACAGAAGACAUCAGUUAUGAACUCCACUGUGGCCCAUAUACCCCGAUAGCCUGUGAAGUGGGAGACUUUGCCAGUAAACACAGCCUCCUCAACCUCAGUGCCACAGUUGGUGGAGUCGAAUCGAAGAGUUUCUUCACUGAUGUCACUUCCUGGUUGCCAAGGUCAGGCAUAAUUGGUCGAUCUGUAGUCAUACAUGAAGCAGAGGGAGGAGGUCCAAGGAUUGCUUGUGCAAAUAUUACAAUGGUGCGUGUCCCCAAAGCAAGCCUAGGAGAGUGGUUUGGCCCUGGCAUGACUACCGGAAAUAUCCAUUUUAACCAGUGGAUCCCAAAUGGCCCCACACGUGUAAAUGUUUCCUUGUUCAACCUAAAUGCCAUGGCUGGUGGUUAUCAUGUUCACGUUUUGCCCAUUGAUCCGAACAGCUCCGACCCAUGCUCAAAUGCAAACAUCAUGGGACACUACAACCCACUGUCAGUCAACAUAUCAGAGUCACCCCCACCUGGAAUUGGCACAGUUGACCAGUAUGAGAUAGGUGAUCUUAGUGGGAAGUUUGGCCUGCUUACAGACCUCAUUCAAUUUGAGGAGGUCUUCACAGACAGCAACCUACCUUUAACUGGACCUCACAGCAUUUCUGGAAGAUCCGUUGUGAUCCACUACACGAAUGGAUCAAGACUGCAGUGUGCUACCGUCUUUCCUGAUAAAAAUACAGAUGGACAAUGGGUCAAUGCCACGGCUGUUUUUGAUGGAUCUGUGAAUGGGACCAUUUUGAUGUUUCAGCAAACAUUUCCGGAUGGAAGUAGCAGUGAUCUCACCGUGCUGAUAAACCUGCAAUCUUCAAGAAGUACCAAUGCGACGCUCACCAUAUCAAACAACAGUAUCAGCAAUAACAACCAGUGUCCUGAUGGCGAAGACGUUUUUGAUCCUUUCAAAAUGACAUCACAGACUUCAAGCUGUUCUCUCGACUACCCUCUUGGUUGUGUGGUGGGGGGAGUAUCUGCAAGACAUGGCCCAGUCAGCCUCACCCAGAGACAACUCUACACUGACAGUAUCAUUGAACUCUCUGGGGAUAACACAGUGGUCCACAGAGCCAUGGUGCUGAAGGAUGGUGAUGACAUCAUCGCAUGUGCAAUCAUCAACCCAUUAUCUCCCUCAGCGAACCAGACCUUUCCCACAGUAGCAAAUUUCAGCCGAUAUGACUUUCGGAGGAGGGUUGCUGAAAUACUGGAGAUGGACUUACAAAGAGUGACCAUUCUGGCCAACUCUCCCAUACCUGUAAAUAAUGAAACAUGCCAACAAGUCACCUUUAUGAUAUCAGGGGAGGUGGAUGCAAAUCUUCUGAGCUCCGUCAGAGACAGCGAGAGAAUGGGCGUGUUCAGAGAGACGCAGCGCUGCUCGAGUAGGAACUCAGGUCAAUUGCUGCGGCCCAUAAACAUCUUCAUCUGGUUGAUACCUGCUCUCCUCUACUGCUUGGGUAUAUUUUAAAUCAGGGGGUCUCUACUUUUGUCAAGCUACUGUACACUUUGACAAAUAAAAAACGAAAGAAAAAAAAAGAAAAGAUGUGAGGUAUUUUUGUUUAAUUUGUAUGACUGCCAAGGUUUAAAUUGUAUUUUAUUUACAAAGACAAUUUCCGCUUAACUGUGCGGUCUAUAAUAAACAAUUGUUAAAUGUCUAAACUGAUGAUUUGUAAAAAAUAUUAAGUGUUUAGGCCAAUAUUCUGUGGAACUUUGGUGACCUCUAGUAGACCCCUGGUGCAAACAUACUGUGACAGCAUUGUUGUCGAACUGAAUGUGUUUAUUGAACAGAGUGCACAUCAAGUUAAUGUGCUCAGCUAAUCUUCAUAAAUAAAGUAUUACCAUAAACACACUUAGCUUACAGUGUAAUAUUAUGUAUUUAAUUUGCACAUAUAUGUAUUUAGGAGAGACCGGUUACCAUUCCAAGACUCUUAUUUAUGGAUGCAAUAUAUAUUUAUAUGUACAUUUGUAUGUAAACUGUAUCCAUCCAUUUCUACCGCUUGUCCUAUAGGGUCGCGGGGGGUGCUGGAGCCUAUGACUCCCCCAAUAAAUCCAUUGUUUGUAAAGUGUGUGCCAGUUAUUUUGGAGGAAAGUUACAUGCAGUUUGUGAGCGAAAACAUGAGAACAUUUUGCUUUUACAGAGUAAACAUAU